AUGGAGGGCACAGAUGACUUGCUCUACAACGGAGUGGCUGAGCUCGCGGGGCUGCACCUGGCUGCCGACCUCCUUGCUGAGCACCUUCCCCAGAAGCCGGUGGCGGUGGUGUGCGACUCCAAGCCAGCGCUCCAGACCCUCGUCAACCCUCGGCGGGCAGGACUUAAAGUGGUGCUGCUGCUUGCCAAGUUAACGGCUCUAGCCACCGCCGGAAUCCGAAUAUCCUUCCAAUGGCUGCCCUCACAUGUCGGGGUAGCUGGUAACGAGGAGGCAGAUACUACGCCAAAGCUGCCGAUCAUGAUGUAG